AAGGGAGGUUUGGAGGAAGGUGGCCUGAAAUAGUGAGAAGCUGGUAACGGGCGUGGUACAAGGAACCGAAAGGAUCUGGAAGAAAGGGAGGUCUGUGUAAGUAGCUGAAAGGAUUAAGUGAUAAGAAAGAAUGCCGGUGUAAGGGAAGGAAACGUGAGGUGUGGCUAGGUCAAAGGGCUAAGAGAAGACAGUUGGUGGAGUAAGGAAAAAGCCGUGGAGGUGGCUGGGGUCCGGAGCCGGAAGAGUGCCAGACGUGGCCAGAAGGCAGCGGAGCUGAGCGCAAAACUGAGAGUGUUCGGAAAUUGGAAGACUUGGUGGCGAAAGAGGGUCAGGACUCAGAUCCCACCUCGGAGAGUGGGCGACGUGUCCGGGAUGUGGGAUCAGAGGCUGGUGCGGUUGGCCGUUGUACAGCAGCUUCGGGCUGUUUAUGGCAUUAAGGUCAAGGGUGGCCGUGGGCAGUGCGAUCGCAGGAGACAGGAGACAGCAGCCACGGAAAUCGUGGGUAAAAUAUUUGGAGUACCUUUUAAUGCAUUGCCCCAGUCUGUUGUUCCAGAAUAUGGACAUAUUCCAAGUUUUCUUGUUGAUGCUUGCACAUCUUUAGAAGAACAUAUUCAUACAGAAGGGCUUUUUAGGAAAUCAGGAUCUGUUAUUCGUCUAAAAGCACUAAAGAAUAAACUGGAUCAUGGUGAAAGAUGCCUGUCUUCUGCACCUCCUUGUGAUAUUGCAGGGCUUCUUAAGCAGUUUUUUAGGGAAUUGCCAGAGCCCAUUCUCCCAGCUGAUUUGCAUGAAGCCCUUUUCAAAGCUCAACAAUUAAGAACGGAGGAGAAGAAUAAAGCUACAUUGUUGCUUUCCUGUCUUAUGGCUGACCACACAAUUGAUAUAUUAAGAUACUUUUUUAAUUUUCUCAGGAAAGUUUCUCUUAGGUGCAGUGAGAAUAAGAUGGAUAGCAGCAAUCUAGCUGUGAUAUUUGCACCAAAUCUUCUUCAGACAAGUGAAGGGCAUGAGAAGAUGUCUGCUAACACAGAAAAGAAGCUACGAUUACAGGCUGCAGUAGUACAAACUCUUAUUGAUUAUGCAUCAGAUAUUGGGCAUGUUCCAGAUUUUAUCCUAGGAAAGAUACCAGCUAUGUUGGGUAUUGAUGAUCUCUGUGCUACUCCAUCACUAGAAGGCUUUGAAGAAGGUGAUUAUGAAACUCCUGGUGACUAUAAGAGAAAGCGAAGACAAAGUGUAGGAGAUUUUGUUAGUGGAGCAUUAAAUAAACUUAAAUCUAACAGGACACCCUCUAUUACACCUCAACAGGAAAGAACUGCCCAGCUAUCCAUUUCACCAACGAUUCUUACACCAAAUGCUAAGCGUAAACUACCGGUAGAUUCCCAUGGUUUCUCAAGUAAGAAAAGGAAGUCCAUCAAGCACAAUUUUAACUUUGAGUUGUUGCCAGGUAAUCUCUUCAGUAGCACUUCUACACCAGUAUCAGUUCACUUUGAUACAAGCCCAGAAGGGUCAUCUCAGAGUUCACUCUCUCCUGUCGCCGUCAAUGGAAACCAUUUGAUCAGUACAGGUGUGCUAAGGCGAAGUAAAAGGCUUGCAAGCAAAAAAAUUUGCAGGGUGGAAUCAGGAAAAGCAGACUGCUUCUCUCCUAAAAUCAGCCGUAAAGAAAAGGUUCGAAGAUCUCUUCGUUUGAAAUUUAAUCUAGGGAAAAGUAGCAAAGAUGGAAAUGUGUGUUCUGGUGUCGAUAGAUCUGAAAAUGUUGGUCGACGACUUGCAAAUCAACAAAGUUUAAAAAAUAGGAUUGAAUCUGUAAAAACAGGUCUGCUUUUUAGCCCAUAUAUUGAUGAAAGAUUAACAAAAAAAGGUUCAAAAAAGAUCAGUAAGUCUGAGGAAAACUUAUUAACUCCAGAGCAACUAGGUGGAAGAAAUUACCGGAUGUCUUGGACAGGACCUAGUAAUUCAAGUUUUCAAGAAAUAGAUGGAAAUGAAGCUUCUCCAAUAGAUGCAAUUCUUGAGGUGGAAAACUCUUCCUUGGAGCCCAAUAUGAUGGUUGAAAAGUCACCUGUUAUGUCAUAUGAGCUUGCCCCUUCUAAUGUACACAGUAGGCAUAAUAACAACGUAACUGGCAGCUCUCUUAGUGGGGAUGAAAAUAACCUGACCACAGAGACUGUGGUGAAAAUUCAGAAAGCAUUUUCUGAAUCUGGAAGUAAUCUUCAUGCAUUGAUAAAUCACAGGCAAUCAUCAUUAACUAAUGUAGGGAAAGUAAAAUUUAAUGAAACAUCUUCUAUCAAAUGUAGCCCAGAAGAAAAUGUAUUUGAAACUAAUAAUUUCACUGUGAUAGAAUCCAAUGAACACCACACUAGUAAAGAUGAAAAUAGUUUUUCAGAAAGAGACUUCUCACUACAUCAAACUCAAAAAUUGGGUAGAGAAGCCACUAUAAAAUGUUACUCAACUCAGAUGAAGAUAGAACUAGAAGACAACAUUCAUUCGAAUAUACCAAAAGAUUAUUUAAGCAAGCAGGAACUGCCCAGUGAUGAACAAAUAAAGAAACAAGAGUCCCCAAGGGAUACACUAAAUACUAAAUUAAAGGAGAAUGAAAAUAUGAUUGAAGAGAACUUACUGAACUGUGCAGCUUCUGGAGAGGACGUGGCUAGCGCCUCUUCCUUAGAGCAGAUUACGUGUAAUAGCGCAAACCUGUCAAAACCUAGGCCUGUGCGAAUUGUUAAGCAGCAGUCACUGGUGGAAACAUGUGAUAAAACGGUUUCUGAACAUUUACAAAUGACAGAGCAUGGAAAGGUUUCAGACCACAUACAGUGGUUUAACAAUCUUUCUUUAAAUGAACCAAAUAGGACAAAAGUUAAGUCACCUCUUAAGUUUCAGCGUAUGCCUGUCCGUCAGUCUGUCAGAAGAAUUAAUUCUUUGUUGUUGUAUGGUGGACAACCUCCAAGACAUAAAUUAGCAAGUCUUGGUGAAGCUGCUUCUCCUCUGGUUAAAUCAGUGAGCUGUGAUAGUGCUCUUCCCUCGCGUGUCGAGCGUGCGUCAAAAGAUUCCUCUAUUCCAUGUACCAGACCGAGUCCUAAAGAACAGAAGUCUACGUCAUGCAAACAGUCGAAUGUUGAUACGAUUUCAAAAUCAAGCAUGGAGGUAACUUCUACAUCUUUCUCACAAAUGAAGAGGCACCCAAACUCUGGGAAUGCUUCUCUUGGGUCCACCAGAGUUUGUAAGCAGGAAGUGAUAUCUAAUGGCCAAAUUAAGGUUCCCUUGGAUGAUCUGACAAAUCAUGAUAUAGUAAAAUCUGUUGUAAAUAAUGAUAUGGGCUUUUCUCGUGGCAUAAGUAACAGGGUCCUUAGAAGACCAUCAGAAAAAGAGAGGGUCUGGUAUAAAGGUUCUCCAAAAAAUCCUAUUGGAAAAGCUCAACUACUACCAACAAGUAGACCUGUAGACUUGUAAUUGGUAAAUGUUAUACUACUUGUCAUUAAUGUAAAUAAAAUUAGCAAUUGGUGAUAUGACUUGCAAGGUAAUCUACAUGUUAGUUUGUAGCUCAGAA